GCACUAUCUCUCCAACUCAACUCCCACUCCCGCACUUCCUAUAUAUAAACCCAUCUAUCUUCUCCAAAUCACCCGUCUAAACCUACUCACACUUCUUUCCUUUCUCACCAAACUAAUUCAAAUUUAACAAUAUGAAGCUAUUAACUCGCUUAUGCUCAUCUGCUGUUUCCGGCGACAAUUCCAACGACUCAUCUCCUUCUCCGGCAACAACCUCCACUUCUACGUCACCAUUCUCUUCUAAAAUGACAACCACCAGUAGUUUACAAAGUCACCUCUCUCUUCAAACACUGCCAUCUGUCCCAUCUCUCCAAUCUCUCUCUCUCUUUGACGUUAACGCCACUGUCACCCUAACCCACUCUCUCUCCUCUUCUAUCUCUUUACCUUCCUCUAUUUCCUCACUUUCUCUCUCCUCAACAACCUCUCAUCUCUACGCUUCAUCUGGUCACCAAAUCAACGUCUACGAUUCAUCCACUCUCUCUCUCCUCGAAACCUUCAACUCUAACGGAACUUCCUCCGGCGCCGUUAAAUCCGUCGCUUUCUGUAACGGUCAAAUCUUGUCAGCUCACCAAGACGGUAAAAUCCGUGUCUGGAAGUUAACGGAGAAAAACAAAACUAAACGCCAUAAGUUGGUUUCAACUCUUCCUACUCUAACCGACCGUUUACGCCGGUUCCCGGUACCCAAAAAUCACGUGCAAGUCAGGCGACAUAAAACUCGGCUUUGGGUAGAGCACAACGACGCCGUUUCAAGCUUAGCGGUUUCCAACGGGAAUAUCUACUCCGUUUCUUGGGAUAAAACACUCAAAGUGUGGGCCCCCAAGAAAAACUUCACUUGUUCCGAGUCAUUAACGGCGCAUGAAGACGCCGUUAACGCUGUAGCGGUUUCUUUUGACGGAACCGUUUACACCGGUUCAGCCGACGGUCGGAUUCGGGUUUGGUGUAAACCCGGUUCAGAUAAAAGACAUACAAGAAUUGCCACGUUGGAAAAACAUAAAUCAGCUGUGAAUGCAUUAGCGUUGAAUUCUGACGGUUCGAUAUUAUUCUCGGGAGCUUGUGACCGUUCGAUCUUGGUGUGGGAGAGAGAGGAUACUGGAAAAUAUAUGACUGUAAGUGGGGCCCUUAGAGGACAUGAUGCGGCGAUUCUAUGCUUGAUCAACGUCUCUGAUUUUUUGAUCAGUGGUUCAGCUGAUCGGACGGUCAGGAUUUGGCGUCGUGGUUUUGAAGGAAAGUUUUGUUGUUUGAGCGUAUUGACUGGACAUUUAAAACCAGUCAAAUCUUUAGCUGGAAAGAUGGAGGGUGAUGAUGUUAUUUCUUUGUUUAGUGGAGGACUUGAUGGGGAAAUUAAGGUUUGGAGUCUUAAGGUUAAUUACUCAAGUCAUGAUUUAUGACAUUAAUUUAAGUUAAUUAAGGUUUUUAAGUAAAAUGAUUAUUAUAAUUUCUGUCUCUGGAGAAAAUUAUAGAGUACAAAAUUCUUAAUUUUUUUUUUAUAAUGUAGUGGUGAAGUUGGAUAUUUUGAAGAGUGAUGAAUUAUUGGUUCAUUUUAUUUAAUUUUAGGAAGUGGGGUGGGGUUUUUUUUUUUUUUUUUUUUUUUUUUUAAUGGACAAGAUCCUUUAGAAGUUUGAUGGUAGUACAAGUUAAUUUGUUUGUAUUGUGAGUAACGUUUUCCCUCUUUUUAGUUGGGAUGAUGGUUUAUAUUUGUAUUUAUUACCUACCUUGAUUCAUCAAUCGAUUAUGUCAUAAUUCAUAUAUGUCGGUUUA